AUGGCCUCCGCUGCCCCUACUAAGACCUGUUCCUUGCCCACUGACGGCGAUUUGGUCAAGAUUUCCGGUGCUUCCAACGACGGCUGGGCCAUGAGUCCAGACCAGAAGUGUACCGCAGGAUCCUACUGUCCCUAUGCUUGCCCUCCAGGUAAGGUAAUGGCCCAGUGGGACCCAUCCGCCAAGUCCUACACUUACCCAGAGUCCCAGAACGGGGGACUCAAAUGCAACGACGACGGGACUGUUUCCAAGCCUUUCUCUGACAAGCCAUACUGUGUUGAUGGAGAAGGUACCGUCAAGGUUGACAACUCUGCAGACGGUGAGGUCGCUUUCUGCCAGACAGUUUUGCCUGGAGAUGAAUCCAUGUUGAUUCCAACCACCAUUUCUAAUGGUAAAACCGAAACCAUCGCAGUUCCAGGUCCAAACUACUGGGCUGGAACCGCUGCUCACUACUACAUUAAUGCUCCUGGUGUCUCUGCCAGUGAUGGGUGUAUCUGGGGAUCUAAGGACAAGCCUAAGGGUAACUGGGCCCCUUACGUCGCUGGAGCUAACGUUGACGACAACGGUAACACUUUCAUCAAGAUCGGCUGGAACCCUAAGUACAUCGAUGACUUCAGUGGUGAGAAACCAAGUUUCGGAAUCAGAAUUUCCUGUGCUGAUGGUGACUGCAACGGUUCCGGUUGCGAAAUCGAUCCCUCCAAGACUGGCUAUAACGGUGUCUCUGGUGACUCCAGUGGCAAGCAGCAAGGUGCUUCUUACUGUGUUAUCACUGCCAAGGACCUGAAGAGUGCCAACAUCGAAGUCUUCUCUAUCUAG